AGCGCAGGCCGAUUGGCAAAGUCGAGGUACGGCCCCACGAGCGAGCCGGGACGACAGUGAAUAGGCGCUGGCAGUCCUUCUUGACCAGCCCUUCCAUCGCUCAAACGACUGGGCGCGCGCCGACCCCCCAGCAGGCGCGCACAGCCGUGCACCCUGGAGCCGCCCGGAACGCAGCGCGGCGCGCGGCCACCCGUAGACAGGGAAGGAAACAGCAUGAUCACGACCCGCCGCGGCCGCGCCAAGAAGCGCCGAGCCGAGGAAGAAGAGCCCGACGACGACCCGACCGACGCGCUCGUGCGGACCACCGCUGCGUUAAAAGACGCGCACAAGACCGCGCGUGAAGCAGAAAAAAAGCGGCUCGCCCAGGAGACCGAGGCCGCCGCCCUGAAAGCGGAGCGCGACGCGCUGGCCACGCGCUGCGCCUUCCUCGAGAGUGAAUCUGCUGACGCCCAGAAGGCCGUCCAGAGCGCUCAAGCGGAGAAAACGUCGGCCGCCGCUGCUUCACAGCUCGAGCUCGAGAAGGCCAACCAGGCGCGGAGAAAAGCAGAGGCGAAGCAGCAGGCCGACCGCGGGUCGCUGGAUGCCGCUCUAUGUCGCGUCGCGGCCCUGAAACGCGACCUCGAGAUCGCCGAAAGUAAAGCGCAGGACAUACCGGAGCCGCCGCCCGCGCCUUCCGGUUCUGUCCUCGACGCGCUCGAAGUAAAGCCCUCGGUCGAAAAACUAAGUGAAGAUGCGCAGAACGCCCUUUCUCAAGCUACUGCUGCAAGGGCCGACCUCGCCAAAGAACGAGCUGUUACGACGAGGCUCCGAGCUGAGAUUGAUCAAUCUAAAAGGGAGGCCCGCGGCGCGGCUCUUGAGAGAGAAAAAGUGCGCGCGUUAGAGGCUCAAAUUAAAGUUCUUUCUGAGCAAGACGCCGAAGACUCGAAGGUAAGGGCCGAGCGCGACGCGUUGCUAGCCGAACGGCGCGAGUGGGCGACGCGCUUUCGAGGAUUAGUUGAUAGUGAUGAUGACAAAAAUGUCGCGCGGCAAGCUUUAGAUUUGCUCAAGGUGACCAUCGACGCGAAAACGCGGGCCGACUGCGACGCCGCCGACGCGCGGUCGCAGUCGAAGAAGCACGAGCAGGCGCUGAAGCAGUGCGAGAGUCGCUUAGCGACCGCCGACGCUGAAACAAGAAGGCUGCGGACGCAGUUGUCCCGAGUAGAUGCGGAUAAAAAAGCAUGGGAGGGCGAGCGCUCGUUAUAUAUCAAGGAGACCGAGAGUUUGAGGAGACUGGCGGCGACGUACGACAAUGAUGCCGACGCAACCCUCAAGAAGCGUGUGAGCGACCUCGAGUCGCAGCUCGAGGCCGCUGCCAAAGCAUUAAGGGACUCGAAGCCGCCCGCUUCAGAACCUGCAAACGCGGCGCCACAACCCUCAAAAAAUGAGACCGAGGAAUUUAGGAUAGUCCAUCUGGUCGACAACCCCGCCGCCGCGGCCGCGGCGAAGCGCGCCGCGGCCAAGAAGGAGGAGGUACAGGGUGGUGUCGACCCGGCCACGCUCCACGCGCGGCUCAAGGAGCGGUUCCGGGAGCACCUGAACUGGUUUCGCGACGCCGUGUAUCUGUUAACGGGCUUCAAGGUCGACAUGCAGGGUCUGGGCGAGGGCCACCCGCAAGUUCGACUGAGGUCGAUGUUCGCCGAGCGCGAGGACGACUCCUUACUCUUCGCCUGGAGCGACGACGGCGUCAACUUAUUAGCGACGCCCUUCGCGGACCAGCUCGACGAGCGCCUGUUCGCGAACCUCAAGUUCUGCAACUCGGUGCCGGCGUUCCUUGCUUCGGUCCAACUCAACCUGUUCGAGCGGCAGACGCUCUUCCCCGGGUAAGAUACAUAAAUAUU